AUGAGUGCAAUAUGGGAUGAUGCAUUAUCGUGCAAAUUUCAAGGAUACAAAUAUGUUGGAUUUUAUUUAUGGAACAAGCCAGCAUUAUUUAUCCGUGAUCCAGAAUUAAUUAAAGUUAUUUGGUCAAAAAAUUUUAUGAAUUUUCAUGAUACCACAUGGUACAUAAGUCCACAUUCUGAUCCAUACUUUGCUCAUACACCAUUCGUUGAAAAAGGCAGUGCAUGGAAAAAAUUACGUCAUCAAUUAACACCAAUGCUUAGUCCUGGCAAGGCCAAGCAACUAUUUCCUGCCAUUAUUGAAUCGAAUACAGAACUAGUGAAUUAUUUAAAAAGACAUGUAAAUGAAAAUAAUGGAAAAAGGGAAGAAAUCAAUUUAAAGGAUUUAACUUCACAAUAUACAACAGAAUGUGUGGCUCAAUCAUUUUAUGGCGUUAAAUCUUAUGCAUUUGAAAAUCCAAAUGCUGAAUUAUUACAUGUUGGUAAAUUAAUAUUCCAAACCACAACUCGAAUAUCUUUAGAGACAAUUUGUAUGAUGUGUGACCGAACAUUAUCAAAAAUAUUUAAAGCAAAGGCUAUAACAAAACCAGCAUUUGAUUUUUUCAAAAAUUUUACCAAACAGUUAAUUCAAUAUCGUAAAACAAAUGAAAUUCAUCGUAAUGAUUAUUUUGAACAUCUAUUAAAUGUAAUCAAAACAGAUAAUGAGGAAGAAAAAACAGAAGAUAUUGCCCGCCAAUUAAUCACCGUAUUUUUUGAUGGGGUUGAUACGGCAGCAGGUGGAUUUACGAUUGCACUUUUUGAAAUUAUUAAACAUCCGGACGCGUAUCAAAAUAUUCGGAAAGAAAUUGAUCGAAUUUUAGAAAAUCAUGGAAAUCAAUUAUCACCCGAAGCGAUACAUGAUAUGACUUACUUAGACGCGUGUGUAUCAGAAGCAUUCCGUUUAAAUCCACCGUUGUAUUUUUCAUUGCGUGAUUGUACGUCACCAAUCGAAUUUCCAAUGCCAAAAGACGAUGAAUCAAAAGAAAAUGAAAAAUUACUUAUUGAACCAGGUGUAACAAUGAUUAUACCAAUGUAUCAAAUACACAGGGAUCCAAAAUACCAUAAAAAUCCAGAAGAAUUUAAUCCAAGUCGCUUUAUGGAUAAGGAGAAAUCAUCAAUUCAGAACUAUACAUAUUUUCCGUUUAGUGAUGGACCUCGAAUGUGUUUAGGUAAAAAUUAUGCUAUGGCUGCUAUAAAACCAUUCAUUAUUUCAAUAGUAAAAAAUUUUGAUGUCAGAUUUAAACCUAAUACAAAUUAUUCAUUGAGGCCAGCUGUUGGAUUAGACUUUAAUGCUAUUUUAUUUAAUGAAAAUUAUUGGCUUGAUGUAUUUCCACGUGGUACGAUUUAUUCUGAUUAA